UAAAUAGUUUUAUAAACGAAGAAAUAUUGUAAAAUUUCAACGAAAGUUAACAAGCUGCGCUUAAGAUUGUGUAAAAAUGUGUAAAAUGUUGAAUUUUGUAAAUUUUAUAAUAUGUAUAGCCACAUUCAGUCAAACCAUGGAUCCUUGUUUGACCAUUAAACGUGGACCGCAUCAUCCACGUAGUGAGCCAUCAAGAACACGUAAAGUAGAUCAGCAUUUGACGCACGAAGAACACCACAUUGAUGAUGACCUAAAGGAUAUGGGCAUAAAUGUGAAUUUGGAAGAUAUGUCUGAGGAGGAAAAGAAUUUUUACUAUUUCAAGGUACAUACAUACAUACAUAUGAGUUUAAGUGAAUCGAGCAUUCUCGCGCGCGUUUGUAUGCGUAUAAUAACACAUCCCAGCAAACAUUUGGAGUCAUAA